AUGGUCGGGGCAACUGAGACGCCUGGGCCGGAGAUGAAGCCUGCGGAUAUCCUCAAUGGAGAUAUACCAUUACCUGCUGGUCAGGUAGAGGCUUCAUUGGACCCAGAAUCAGACGAAGAUGUCCCCGUUGAUGCGGAAGAGCUAAAAGAGGCACUCGGCCGACCACCUCCGGUGAACAGCAGCUACCUUCCCCUGCCAUGGAAAGGUCGAUUAGGAUAUGCUUGUCUAAAUACGUACCUUCGCUAUUCAACACCGUCCGUAUUCUGUUCUCGAACAUGUCGAAUCGCCUCUAUAAUCGAAAAUCGACACCCGCUCCAAGAUCCCGACCAGCCCACACACCCGACCAAAAAUCGCCCAGAUCGCGAUCAGCCAGCCGAUGUUGCACGCGGACAAGCUUUCGUUGAGGGGCUAGGCCUGGCGAAUGCACGCGAUUUGGUCAAAAUCAUCCGUUGGAACGACAAGUAUGGCAUUAAGUUCAUGCGACUCAGCAGUGAGAUGUUCCCAUUUGCCAGUCAUAAGGAAUAUGGUUAUAAGCUGGCGCCAUUCGCCUCGGAGGUGCUGGCAGAAGUAGGACGUGUGGUUGGAGAACUUGGACACCGGGUUUCGGUUCACCCUGGCCAAUUUACUCAAUUUGGAUCACCGAGAAAAGAAGUCAUCGAGAAUUCCGUUCGCGAUCUCGAGUAUCACUCGGAAAUGCUCCGGCUACUCAAACUUCCUCCACAGCAGGACCGCGAUGCAGUCAUGAUCCUUCAUAUGGGUGGAGUGUUUGGUGAUAAGGCUGCUACACUGGAUCGGUUCCGAGAGAACUACGCUAUGUUGUCGCAAGACAUCAAGAAUCGAUUAGUUCUGGAGAAUGACGACGUGAGCUGGUCCGUUCACGAUCUACUGCCUAUUUGCGAGGAGCUCAAUAUCCCUCUUGUCCUCGACUACCACCACCAUAAUAUCAUUUUUGACGCCAAUGAGCUCCGAGAGGGAACCGAGGAUAUCAUACCCCUCUAUGAGCGUAUAUCAGCAACAUGGUCUCGGAAGAAUAUCACUCAAAAGAUGCACUAUUCCGAACAAACUACACCCGCCAUCACUCGGCGCCAACGACGCAAACACAGUGCCCGCGUUACUACUUUACCUCCUUGUGCGCCUACCAUGGACCUGAUGAUUGAGGCCAAGGACAAAGAACAAGCCGUAUUUGAGUUGAUGAGAAACUUCAAACUCCCCGGCUACGAUCUUGUGAACGAAAUAAUACCCUUCAUACGCCUUGACGAAAACCAACCAUUCAAACCACCCAAAAAUUCCAAGAAGAACGGGGCAUUCGUGGACCUACAAGGCUCAAUACCACCGCCUCGCGCCAUCCCAGACGAAGAAGUCGGGAUGGGUGGGCCGGAUGGCAGGGUCUAUUGGCCUGAGGGCAUGGAAGAAUGGCUCCGACCGGCGAAGAAAAUCGUGAAGCCUAAGGCUGCACCAAGUCCUAAAAAAAGCGCCGCCAAAAAGGGUAAGAAUGAGUCUGUCACAGACGAUGCUCCCCUAGAUAUACCCGUCAAGAUAGAAACGCCAGUCAAAAAACCGGUCAGGGAGACGAAACGCACACCUCGGCCGAGCAGGUCUCGCAAACGCAGAGCUUCGUUGACUGAGUCUACCCCAGAGUCCGAAGAAACUGGGGAGGUUUCGGUGGAACUGGACAGUGCUCGUUCGAUACCUUCUCGAAGUUCACGUGCAAAGAAGGUGAACUACGCCGAGGACAGUGCAUAA